AUGGGAUUCAAAUUUGCCUUCUUUGGUGAUCUUUUGUCGAGCCUAGAAGUGAAUCGGACGACGAAGGCGGCUUCGACAACAAGAAAGGUCGAGUCUGACUUUCAGAUCAUUGCAAAAUGGUUCACUCGACAUGAUCGCCAGAUCCAUCACCCGGAAACUGAUAAACUGGCUCUGUUGUCAUGCAUGUUUCCCGAGAGACGAACAGACCGAGUAUAUUGGCUGCAGGCAACCUCACUCACUCGCGUUAUCGGUCGCUGCUUAGGCCUUGGCUCGUCACGGAUAUCUGAACUCGACCAAUGGCGAAAGCCUGGAGGCCCAGACUUAGGACAAUGUGUCGAAAAUGUGAUGCGCCAGGCUGAAAACUGUAUUCCUUGUGACCGUGACGUCUUGGCCGAGGAGAUUGACGAAGCCCUGAACUUGAUUGCCUCGAGGUGUCGCUUCUCAGGUCCUCAAGUCAGACGUCAGCAUACUGCAGUUGAUGUGGAUACAGUUCUUUCGCCACUAUACCGUCGAUUAAGCAGCCGCGAUGCUAAAUGGCUCACUCGUAUGAUAUUGAAGAGUUAUGCUCCUGUAACACUACCAGAGAAGUAUACUCUAGAGAGAUUUCACUUUCUCCUUCCCCAUCUCCUGCAGUUCCAAAACACCAUUGAAGGAGCUCUUGGAAUGCUCAACUCGGAGCCGAUGAAUCACUUCCCGCCUCGUAUAGAUCGAAAAUUGGCAGCUAGUCUGUGUGCCACAGCACUGGACCAUAUACGCCCACGGGUAGGAAUCAAAGUUGGCCGAUCUGAUUACUUAAAGGCAAGAAGUGUCAAGCAUUGUCUUGAGAUGACAAACCGCCGCCGCAUGAGCAUCGAAAGAAAAUAUGAUGGUGAAUACUGCCAAAUACAUAUUGAUUUGACCAACAAGCGAACCCCUAUUCAGAUCUUCUCUAAAAGUGGCAAGGACUCCACCGCAGAUCGGGCAGGAAUUUUGCCAACUUUGGAGACAUCUCUUCACAUAGGAAGCCCCAAAUGCAAAUUUACACAUCACUGCAUCCUCGAAGGUGAAUUGCUCGUGUGGAACGGUAAAACUGGAAGCAUAUCAGACUUCCACAAACUUCGAAAGUUUCUCUCGCGUUCCGGUACUUUCAUUAGAGUCGAUAGCGAUUCACCACCCCAGCCAUAUGAGCAUCUGAUGAUUGUCUUUUUUGACAUACUCCUCUUGGAUGACAAUGUCUGCCUGAGAAAGCCACAUCGAGAAAGGCGGUUGCUGCUGAAAAACUUGAUACAUACAAUCGAUGGUCGAUCUGCGAUGGCUGAACAGGAAAUAUUGGACUUUGACCGACCAGAUGGCUUUCAAUGGCUAGAAGCUAGCUUCUCGAGGGCAAUCACUCGGCGGUGGGAGGGACUUGUUUUGAAAGCUUGCGACGAGCCGUAUUUUGCUAUGCAUCCUGCUGGCGGGAACAACCUUUUUGGUCGAUGGAUCAAAAUGAAAAAAGACUAUAUCCCGGGUCUGGGGGAUACAGUUGACCUCGUUUUAGUCGGGGGAUUCUAUGAAGCCGGCGACGCCGCUGCUCUUCCAACCACCAGUGAAAGAGUGGAGUGGACGCAUUUCUUGGUGGCGUGUCUUGUGAACAAAGAUGACGUUCUUCAAUCACGAGGCGCCCCUCGCUUUCGAGUUAUAGAUGUGGUUGGUCGCCAUUGCAUGUCCCACCUUUUGAUGUGUUCUCUGAAUCAACUUGGACAGUUCGUAGCACGGGAUGUCGAAGAUUUCCAUGAAUUCGAGAUUGAAUAUGGAAAUGCCAGUCUUCCCAAAGCUGCCAAAGUUUUCAAGAAACCAUUUGUUGUGGAGAUAAUGGGCGCAGGCUUCGAAAAACCUUCCGGUGCCAGAUUCUUUACACUGCGAUUUCCGCGUAUUCUCAAACUACACACAGACAGAAGCUUUGAAGAUGCUGCAUCAUUUUCGGAACUACAGCUUCUAGCAGAAAAGGCCAGAUGUGUACCUCCCGAAGAUUUGACUGAGGAAAGAGAACAUUGGCGCAAACGCCUUAAGAUUGGCAGUGGGCUCAAAGACUAUGUUGUACAAAGAUCAAAAAGCCCAUCUUCACGGGGCUCAAGUGCAGAGCCAGAUUGCUAUUCAGGAACUGAAAGUGCAGUGGAGACAGCUAGUGAUGGGAUGCACUAUACCGAUUUGUUCUCGGGGCCUCCCGUGAACCAGCCUUCUUCUUGUGGAAAUAUGAGCAAACAACAGUCGGACAAUUCAGAAAGGCAUCCUGCUCUGUACGUCGACGAGACACUGCUGUUGAGUGAUCUUGAAUUUUCUCCCCCCAAAGCCAACGUCUUGGCUGAAAAUCGUAACUUGUCUCAGCGACAAGAAUGCGAUGAGAAAGGCAAAGUUUUGAAAGGUCUUGAAAAUACGACAAAUAGGGUAACCGAUGUACCCCAGGAAAAGAGGACUGUGGUGGCUUCAAAUAACAAAGCUCCAUCUAGCUUGACUUCCAUGCACGAGAAAGAAAUCUCAAGCCGUGCAGUUGAGAUACCGCGAGCAAAGCCCCUCAAAUCUCCAUUGACCACAAUUCCAAUUUACAUGCCAGGGGGCCCCUCGGAUGUCGGGCAAAGACCAGAUGACUCUAGUCUCUAUGGGUUCUUGAAAUUUCUAGGAUCUGAUAAUACCACUGGUGCUUUGUCGGAAUCUAACAUAUCUGCCGCCUCGGAAGGCAUGGCAUUCGGUAUUUCUCUUGUCAACGUGGGCGAAACAUCUUUGGGCAGAGAGAUACAUAGGGUAGCCAAGACAGUGUCUCGUGCCAUCCAAAAGAAAUCGUUCUGUCCUUUCAAAGGGAGGAUAUUUUUUGUGGAUUCUCUUAUCCUGGAGCAGAUCAAGUGCCCUGGAGAUUUGAAAUUCUGCUUGCGUGCGACUUGGACGGAUCUUGGCAAGCAGUACUACUACGCCUGUCUUAAAUGGGACUUACCUGACCAGAAUCAGUCUGAUAACCACCCUGGCUCUAUCGGUGAGCAGGACGAUAAAAGUGCAACAGUUCCUUCAGUCAGUUUCGAUCGAAGUGAAAUCCUGGCGCUAGGGGAGUAUACGUCGAUCAAUCCGCCAUUGCGUUUCAAAGGCUAG